GCUCCAACCAAGCAGAGUCAGCUCCCUGCAUCUGCCACCUCCACUCUCUCCCUCCUCCUCCCACUGAAUCAUUCGUCUUUUGAACAUUUUUUUUGUGCUCUCAAGGCAAAAGAGCACACUUGACUCUUGCCAGCUCCAGUCACUCUCUCGCUCUCUCUAGCUCUCUCUCUUACUCCAUUGGAGGUUGGAGCCAUGGCGAUGCCAGCAGCUCCGGUGAGCUGCUCCAGCAGGGCACUGGCCAUGGUGCUCGCGCUCGUCGCUACGGCGCUGUGCUGCCGCCUGGGUUCUUGCGACGGAGCUGCCGCCGACAGGAUCAGGCGGCUCCCCGGGCAGCCGGAGGUGAGCUUCGGCCAGUACUCCGGCUACGUCGGCGUGGACGACGCCGGCAAGAGGGCGCUCUUCUACUACUUCGUCGAGGCCGAGGUCGACCCUGCCUCCAAGCCUCUCGUCCUCUGGCUCAAUGGAGGCCCCGGGUGUUCUUCACUGGGUGUAGGGGCCUUCUCGGAGAACGGCCCCUUCAGGCCUAGUGGGCAGGUGCUGGUGAAGAAUGAAUACAGCUGGAACAAAGAGGCCAAUGUGAUUUACCUGGAGACGCCGGCUGGUGUAGGCUACUCCUACUCUGCUGAUGCUGCCUACUACCAGGGCGUGGAUGACAAGAUGACGGCCACGGACAACAUGGUGUUCCUGCAAAGGUGGCUCCAAAAGUUCCCACAGUACAAGGGCAGAGACCUCUACAUCGCCGGAGAAAGCUACGCAGGGCACUACAUCCCACAGCUCGCCGAGGCCAUGGUCGAGCACAACACCAAGGACAAGAUCUUCAACCUCAAAGGCAUCGCUCUGGGCAACCCUGUGCUGGAGUUCGCGACGGACUUCAACUCCCGCGCCGAGUACUUCUGGUCGCACGGCCUCAUCUCCGACGGCACCUACCGCGUCUUCACCGCCGUCUGCAACUACUCCCGCUACGUCUCCGAGUACUACGGCGGCUCGCUGUCGCCGCUGUGCGCCCGGGUGAUGAACCAGGUCACCCGCGAGACCAGCCGCUUCGUCGACAAGUACGACGUCACCCUCGACGUCUGCCUCUCCUCGGUGCUCUCGCAGUCCAAGGCCCUGUCGCCGCGCCAGCAGGCCGGCCAGCGGAUCGACGUCUGCGUCGAGGACGAGACCGUCCGGUACCUCAACCGCCGCGACGUGCAGGCGGCGAUGCACGCCAGGCUCGUCGGCGUCGACAAGUGGGCCGUCUGCAGCAGUGUUCUUGAGUACGAGCUGCUCAACCUGCAGAUCCCCACCAUCAACAUUGUCGGGUCGCUCGUCAAGUCCGGCAUUAGGGUGCUGGUUUACAGCGGCGAUCAGGACUCGGUGAUCCCUCUAACUGGAAGCCGAACACUGGUGCAGAAUUUGGCUCAUGACAUGGGCCUCAAGACGACCACACCAUACCGGGUUUGGUUCGAGGGCCAGCAGGUUGGAGGAUGGACUCAGAUUUACGGUGGCGGCACGCUGUCCUUCGCCACCAUCAGGGGGGCCUCCCACGAGGCGCCGUUCUCGCAGCCCGGUCGGUCGCUGGUGCUCUUCAGAGCCUUCCUGCAGGGCCAGCCUCUGCCUGAAACCUUCUCAUGAUCCAUGAAUGAGGUGCUUCGUUUGCAAUGCAAUGCCGGUUCCUGCUUCUGCAAGGGGUUUUGUACUGUAACUGUAAGAAUGUGUUUGCUGCAUUUGCCUCCUGCUGGUAGCGGUUUGAAGCUGCGAUAAUCGCGGUGUUCUUCAGGUUUUUUGCUCCUUGUUUCCUCUGUAUCCUCGGCUCGGCAAUUGUCUAAAGAAGUCGAAAGAAUUGUCACUCCUGGAUUCGGCGUGUGUUCUUCUUAUAUGUAAAUUUAGAGCUAGUGUUCAAGUA